AUGCAUCAAACAUGUCAUGACUAUUUUGAGUGUAUUCAUGAUUUUCUCAUUCGAAUAAAUUCUUUUACUAGUGAAGCAACAGCUUUAGGGUUAGAAUUAAUUGAAGAAUCGAGAAUCGUAUUAGCUGAAAUACUUCCGACUGUUAAAUUGACUUUACCUGUUAAAAUCAUCUUACCAAUUAAUAAUACAAAUCGUGCUUAUUCACAUGGCAUUAAUAUUAUGCCUGGUGAUGGAACACCUAUAAAGUGCUCAUCUCACAAAUUAUUCAUUUAA